GUUAAAGGGCUUGUCCACUUUUUUUAAAAAAAAGGUGUGAAUUCUUUAUUUAUCAGCUUUUCUUAUUAUCAUUACUGUUCUCAUUUUAACUUAUUAAAAUUAAUUCUCUUGCGUGCACGAUAUAUUAAUCAAUCAUCUAUUUAUUCAACCAAUAUACAGCUUAUAAGGAACUAAGCAAGAAUGCCACCAACAAAGGAAAUGGAAAAGCCACAGAACGAAAAGAUCAAAGAGGUUACUUCUGAAGACGAACAUGAAGAAGAAGCUCAAAAGGCACCAGCAAAGCAAAAGAAAGAAAAAACCAAGAAGCCAAAGAAGAAGAAGUCCAAGUCUAAAGAUCUCGUCAAAGGUGGACAACAAGAAGUUGCUGCUCCUCCUCAGCAACAAAGUGGUAGCAGCAAUGAUGACAAUCCCCUAAGUCUACGUCUUGAUUUGAAUUUGGAAGUUGAAAUUACACUUAAAGCGAGAGUCCACGGUGAUGUCACAUUAGCUCUACUUGCUUAGUUUUUGUAUCCCUACCUCUUUUUUUUAUAAACUGUAUUGUAUAAAUAUAAUAUCCCUUUUAUUCUACUAUUUUUUGUUACG